UACACUACCCCGGGGAAGAAAAACUCAUCUUUAACAUUUCACGUAGUUAUAGAUGCCAGCCGUGUGUGAUGGCUGUCGGUGUCAUUUCCUUCAUUCUCGUCUUGUUGCUCGUCAUUCCAUCAGUCUCUCCUCCAGUGCUCUCAGCUACAGAUUCAUCCCUUUCCAUUGUUGAAGGGAGGUUUGGAGACUCUGUCACUCUCCCCUGUGAUGGCUCUGCACGCCGUCUCCCUGACGAUCAGCUGGACGUCCUGUGGAAGACUGACCAGAACACAGUGGCUCACUACUCUGGUGGGGAACUUGUUGUUGUGGGCUCUCACUUCAGUGGUAGAGUUACGUUCCCCAAAGAGAGGAUUCUGCGUCGAGACUUCUCCAUUGAUAUCAGCUCCGUUAAGUCCAGCGAUGAGGGCAAAUACGAGUGCGUGGUGAAUAAGGAUUAUCUCAAGGAUGUGCAACUCAAAGUUUUACCACCCCGCUUUUCUAGGUCUCUCUCUGUUGCUGUUAACGACUCGGUGACUUUGCCCUGCUAUGGUGGUGUUAACAAAUAUGAGCCAGACAAACUCUUUGUUAAGUGGGAAAGAGGAGGUGACCUGGUGCUGAAGAUCAGCUCAGAGGGGCUCACCUAUGGCCCAAAGUACGAGGGAAGGGUCUUUGUGUCUCCUGACUGGAAAGAUGGCAACUUCUCUUUGUCCUUGAGCGUUACGGGUCUGUGUGACUCAGGAGUUUAUCAGUGCUCCACCGACCAGAAGCACAAUGUAACUUCAGUCCUUCUGGAACUUAAAGAUUAUGAACACUUCCAAUCAGUCAGUCUCAGCCUUGGGAAGCCUUUCUCCCUCAGUUUACCUGAAAAACCAGUGAAGGUGACUUUCUCUAAGGGUGGAACAUUCCCCAAAGUGUCACUGUGUUCCACGGACACGGAGCUUAGAUGUGAACCAAAGUACAAGAACAGGAUGGAAUGGAAGAGCAACACUCUCACGAUGCUGAAUGUGACAUCAGACGAUGUGGGAACUUACACAGUGACCUUCUUAGAGAACUGUGUGAUCAGCCGUGCAUACAAAGUCAACAUAAUACCUUCAGUUAAUAGUCAAACAUAUGUAUUUGACUUAAUAUCUACUUUAUUAUUUUUUAUUUUACUAGCAGCAGGAGUAGGAGCAUAUGUAUAUGUAAGGAAAAUCAACAUUUGUGGCUCUUUCCUGAGCUGCUGGCAGAGGAACAAAGAUGACUCACCACCACUACAGGACAAAAACAGUCUCCGGAGUCAAUUCAACUGCUAAAGAGAGCUGAACAGGAGCAGUGUAACAAGUAACCACCUACAUCUCCUCUUCACCUCUGAUGCAACUUAAAGGGACACCUCCUGCCUUUAUGAAAAUGGAGGACCUGCUAUUUCAUGUGUCAGCCUUAAAUCCAAAGUGUGAAAAUACUUCAGAUUCUGCACCAAAUAAACCUGCUGGAAAUCUCUACAAAACCGCUGCAGUAUACAAGAUGUGCAGCCUCACCGUUUAGUACAUGUAAUGGAGGCAGAAACACUGGGGGUUUUCAAGACCAGGCUAGAUACGAUGUUAGAUUCUAUUUAGCUUUUAGGCAAACUAUGCUGUAGAACCGCUUUGGGGUAGGAAAAGGCAAGCACUGCUGGGCUGAAUGGCCGGUUCUCGCUAUGCCCUUAUGUUAUAUUAAGUCAUGUUAUGGGGUGACAUUGGCUGAGGCAGUAAGAGCAGUCGUCUGGCAGUCGGAGGGUUGCUACCGUGGGUGUGUUGAAGUGUCCCUGAGCAAUACACCUAACCCCUAAAUGCUCCUGACGAGCUGGUUGAUGCCUUGCAUGGCAGCCAAUCGCCGUUGGUGUGUGAAUGUGGGUAUGAAUGGGUGAAUGAGAAGCAUUGAUUGUACAGUGCUUUGGAUAAAGGCGCAAUAUAAAUGUACAAUCAGAGUGAGUGAGUGAGCUACAGUGCAGAGUGAGUAGCCUUAACUCCAGAUGGCUGAACGACUUGUUCAUCUGGACCAAGUGGACCAAGUGCCUGUUACGUCAGCCACUGACUUACCAUCGUCUUCUGAAAAGCUCAGGAAAUGAAGGUUGCCGGCACCGCCAUAUUGUACAUUUGGAGCCAGAGACUGCACUAUUGACUUUGUAGUUUUACCGCAAUUGUACCAUUGAGUUUACAUUGAAAACGGGUCUGAAUGACCUAUACUGGAACCUACCGCAGUGGUGCUAGUGAGCCCCGUCUCCCUCGGUCUCUCAGCAUGACCAGGAGCAUUAAAAAAAGCCACCACAGACACACACACACACACACACGCACGCACACACACACAUCAUAUAAAUUGUCCACAGCGUAAACCUUGCCUAUCACAAAGCACUGCAAGUGACUGGUUCAGCUAGAGCUGGUAAGAGUGCGGAAGAUUGCCUCAUUCUCAAACUGGUGGCCCCUCCCAACGUGGCAACAACAGUUCUGAGUGAAGAGGAGAACACCACCACCACCCUACCUGACCAAUGAUUGCCCCCCUCCAGGCAAAACUGAAGAAGCUGUGUGAGCCACAGUUCAUUUAGGGCUUUAAUGACAAUGGUAAUAAUAAUAAUAAUGAGUCAUUAAUUGUUGUACACUCGUCAUCUGAAAUGGACUGCUAUUUCAAACUAUUUACAGAGGCCAGGCUGUCCCGGGUGUCCUACGUACUGCCUUUGCCUCCAGAUUUCACUGCACAUUGCACCUGUAUGAUGACAAAUAAACUUUGAUUUGAAUUUGAAUUGAAUGUAUAGCCAUGAUAUACUCCUGACAGUCUAGUAAGACUACUAGGUACACAAUUUCAGAUAAUAGCUUAAAGCUACAAUAGGUAAGAUUUUUGUGUUAAAACAUUGUUACAAGACCAUUGUAAAUCCCUUCCUGUGAUUGACGAAAGCUCACUGACAUGUUGACUCUACCUCUGCUUGUGUUUAUAGUCCUUAAAUUCGGGUUUCAAACUAUCCAGUUGACGGACCGACACUUGAUUUUGCUGACUGGCAAGAUGAUAUACACUGCUGUACAUGCAUCUAAGCGAAGUUGUCUAAUUGUAAUAUUUUAAAAGUGUGCUAUAUAAAUAAACUUGCCAUGCCUAA